UCUGUUGUUGGCUUGGUGCCGGUCGCUUUAUUUUUCUAAUUAAUUAACAACAAUGUCCGCAUUUCAUGGAUUUCCCAGUGUAACAGGACCAGAAGAAACUGCCUUCUGUAAAAUAGACGAAGUUUACUGUUGUGGUAACUCUAGAUAUGGCAACAUAACUACUUUUACCAAUACGACGAAACAACAUCCUGUGAUCAACGUGGCAAGGGAUAUCCAUCAUCACAGAACGACGGAUGAGAACAUUUCUAUGUAUAUAGAUGUUGAAGACAAUUUGCUGAAGAAAAUAACCAGUGUGUGGUACAAGCAAGGUUUUCUUGAAGCUUUGGGCGUCGCAGCCGAUCCCAGCAUCAACAGAGAGAGUCCUUUCCUUGCUGUUGCGGCAUCUUACGUGUUAAAAGUGGCGAACGUGUUCACAGCAUUCCACUACUUUCUGCAGCCACAUUUGAAGGACAUAGGGCCUAAAAUUGUGUCAAACUACUCGAGAACAAGGAACUGGGGUGGUGCCCCAGUGAAGUGUUUGGCAUGGCACCCGCACACUACAAAGAUAGCGGUGGCAACUGUAGACGAUAAUGUCAGAGUGUAUUGCUCCGAAGUACAGUUUGUGUCGAUGUUGAAGUGUAAAGCUCAAGGGCAUGUGUCAUCGCUGUGCUGGAGACCGUUUUCAGCGUCAGAAAUAGCUGUGGGCUGUGAACAAGGUGUCAUUGUGUGGACUGUGGACCCAAAUUCAAUGUUCACGAAGCCAUCCUCCAGUAAUGCUAUUGUAUUGAAAAGAUCAGGCCACAGCCCAGUCACCGAUGUGAGCUGGUCUCCGAACGGUGACUUAUUGAUCAGCUGCAGUGGUGCGGACACCUCGAUGAUGGUGUGGGAUGUUUCCAUGGAGACAGCCGUCCCACUGCGCAGGGUUGCUGGUGGCGGAAUAGUUUUUGCAAGAUGGUCGCUAGAUGCUAGUAAAGUGUUUGCUGCUACAUCUUCGAUUAUUUUCCGUGUAUGGGACACUAAGCGAUGGACCCCCGAGCGUUGGUGCGCACGUGGAUUACGUGUUGUGGCGGCUUGUUGGGGGCCUGAUGACUUGCUACUCUUUGCAGCUAAAGGGGAGGCAAUGAUCUAUGCUCUCACCAACACUGGACUUAUGAGUGGUGCCCAAACCAGCAAAGCGGUCCCAAUCCUCGACAUAACAAAAGUGGAGCUGCCCUCAGGCCACCCGGUCGGAGGCCCAGUGUUGGACAUGUGCUGGGAUCCCACGGGCAGAUACCUCGCUCUGUUGUUUGAAGAAUCUCCUCUCAUAGCCGUGUUCUGCACUACGCAUCUUAUGAUGCAGCUGAAGAUCACUCCUUGCUGCUUCAUCAACGGCAUAGACAACGAACUACCCUCUACGAUGGCGUUCCAACAGAACUUCACUGAAGGAGCCUGUCUCACCGUCGCCUGGUCAUCGGGCAGGAUACAGCAUUUCCCUAUCGUGUACAAUAUGUAGAGGUCAGGUCAGUUUGUAGCUUGACAUUUAUACGGUGGAUAGUACAACCAGAGUAAAUACACAUGAGUAGGUCAUCUUCAUAGAAACGCACCGAGCGCGGUUUGUAUGUGAGCGCGCCAAUAUUUCAGCAAUAUUCGGCGCAACCAUGACUGGCUCCCCGCUAAUCCCCGCUAAAUUUUGUCAUUGUGUGCGUGCGCGCCGCAUACGUGUUGGCGCGCUCACAUACAAACCGCGCCCGUGCGUUUCUAUGAAGAUGACCUACUCAUUUGUAUUUACUCUAGUACAACCUGGCCGAGUAAUUAGCGAACCUGGCAGCCGUGACGUCACAUCGACGCUCUGUGGGGCUAUUCCGAAACACCAUUUACGUAGUUUUGGGUCUUUCUGUCACCGUCGCUCGCGCUGGCUUCUCGCUUUGCGUGAGAGGGAUAGUAACAUUCGAAACUUCGGAUAACGUUUUUCGGAGUAACCCCGCUGGUACGGACGGGGCAAACGCGGAGAGAUAUGUAGGUGAUUGCAACUAAGGCCCAGAACAGACGGUGAAACGAAACUGCAACUGCUAGUUACUUUUGAGUUGCGUCUAAGUUUCUGCCAUAGCGUCCGUUGAGAGACCACACAUGACGCGACCAGUUUGAAACUUUCACUUUCAGUUUCAUUCAUCAGAAUCAUCAGAAAGUUGCAGUUUCGUUGCAGUUGCGUUUCACCGUCUGUUCUGGGCCUAAGAGUCGCAUACCAGCGAGUUAGCUCGAUCGGGUUGUGUACUCAAAAUAGUUUUUGGAAGUGAAAUAAAAAAAGAUGAUUAUAAAUUAUGUAUGAUAAGCUGGUUACUUGUUGAUUUUUGUUUGAUUUCAAAUCAUAAACCUAUGAAAAUCGUAACUUACAGGUGACGUCAAACGUGGUAUUUCACGAACUUAUGGCUGAGUUGCACCGCCUUAUUUUAAACGUGACUAUAACCAUAACCGGUGGUGCUUUUGUAUGGAGUUUGAUGAACUUUUGACGUUUGUUAAAGUUAAAGUAAGAUGGUGCAACCCAGCCUUAGAGUAUGUUUGACAGCUCAUCAAAGUAUUCAAUUGACUGGUGGUGGCAAACAAUUAAAAAAAAAAACAAGAAAGUCUGUUGUAUUUGGUGGUGGAAGAAGAUGUACUUAUAGAAACCAUUGAUUGUAAUCAAAUUCGAAUCAGUAUGAUUGAUGCCCGUUUUCACCAUCAAUCCCUAUUUUUUAAGUGACCCCUAUGUAAGCAAAAUCCCUGUUAUAAGUUACCAUUGGGGUCACUUAAAAAUUAGGGAUUGAUGGUGAAAACGGGCAUAAGUAGCUUAGCUCACAAAAACUUGUAUUUUCUUUUGAUAAAACAGAAUAAGAAACGCUGGUAAACGUAAUUUUGUCGUAGACACAUCUUCUAGUUAAUAAGUUUUUGAAGUAACAUAGGUAUGCCAAAAGACUGCCUAAUAAUAUUUUUGUACUAUCAACUAGUGAAAUAAGUAAACAUUGUAAAUGUGAUGUAAAUAAACUCUUUUAUUUUUAAACAAA